AUGGCGCUCAACGUUACUACAUACGCGACCAUCGUGACAGUCCUGCUGCUGCCUGUUCUCCUAGCAAUAAAACGGCUCUACUUCCAUCCUCUCUCCCGCUACGAUGGCCCACGGCUCUGGGCGCUGACGCGACUCCCUUACAUGCUCGCCUUUCGGUCGGGUCGGCUUGCUCACGACAUCAAAAGAUUCCACGAUAUUUAUGGCGAUACUGUUCGUGUGGGCCCGGAUGAGGUGUCAUUCUUGGAUCCCGAUUGCAUAAAAGACAUAUACAGCCGUCGUCCCAAUAACCCACAUUACAAGGCGCUACCCAAGGAUCCAAUCCGCCAAAAGCCUCCACAACCUGGACAGCCUGGCGACAUUCUUGAUGUGGAAGACGAUGACCACUCGCGUAUUCGAAAAGCAUAUGCCCCCGCGUUUAGUACACAGGCCCUAAACGCCCAAAAGCCACUGGUAACGUCAUAUGUCUGCAAAAUGGUCGCCCAGUUGAAGUCCCGGGCCAAUAGCACGGACCCAUCUAAGAGAAUAGUUGACCUUCAGCGUUGGGUCACGUACUGCACGUUCGACAUCAUCUGCUCACUGAGCUUCGGUGAAGACUUUGGCUGCCUGGACAAUGAUAAUUACCACGAAUGGGUCGGGAUGGUAGUCAACUCUGUGAAAGGCAAAGUGCAGAUUGCGGCUUUCCGCUUUUAUCCAUGGCUCUUCAACUACCUAGUCAAGAGUUUACCCAAAUCCGCCCAAUUGAUGGUAAAAAGGCAUCAGGCCAUGACUAAUGAGAAGGUCCAAAAGCGCCUACAUACAGCAGUAGACCGACCGGAUUUCUUCUCAUACCUUCUCAAAUCGAAGAACGAGCUCACAGAGCCCGAGAUGGAGAUUAACGCGGCUACCUUUAUCUUCGCAGGAAGCCAUACACUUCAAUCCUCUCUCACGGGGAUCCUGUUCCACUUACUCAAGAACCCUGAAGCCCUUGCCCGGGUAGCAGAAGAGGUUCGGAGUAGUUUCCCUGAUGAGGAGGAUCUGGAUGCGAAUAAGCUAUCGAAACUGCCACUCUUGGACGCAGCCAUUAAGGAGGGUAUACGACUAACCGCGCCUGUGCCGUUGGGAAUAACGAGACUUGUACCCAGGGGAGGACAUACCGUGUGUGGACAAUAUUUUCCCGAGGGUAGCAAAGUAGCAUACAAUUUAUGGGCUGCGGGCGUGUCUCCCCGAAACUUUGCCGACCCUACCAAGUUCCAUUUGGAGCGUUGGCUGAACCCCGAUGAGGGUCGCUUCGCAAACGACCGGCGCUCUGCUAUACAACCAUUCUUGCAGGGGCCGCGGGACUGUAUUGGUCAGAAUUUGGCACGGUUGGAGAUGUCGCUCGUAAUAGGAUACCUGGUUUAUCACUUCGACUUCGUGUUGCCGAAUGGACGAGAGGCUCUCGGUGAAUGGGAAGAUCAAGAGACCUAUGCUGUUUGGAUGAAGUCGCCCCUUAUGGUGGAGUUGGUUGCACGUUGA